AUGGACAUCGACACAGCAACGCAGGAAACGUCGCUGACUGACCCAGAUUUGACCUUGCCAGCCGACGCCCGGGUCAUUGUCGACCGAAAGGCGCUAACAACCGAUGCUCUUGCUUUGUUCGAACCUGAUCCAAAGGAGGAGACAUCGUUCAGUCAGAGGAAAGCAGAAACGUGCGAGCGCGCACUCCGCCGUGUCCCAUCGUUCUUCCUUGGACUCUUUCCAUGCAUAGCGUGGAUCAAAAGCUACAACGUGAGGACGUUCCUCGUUCCCGACGUCCUCGCAGGGCUUUCGGUAGCUGUGCUUCACGUGCCACAAGGUCUUGUGUGUGCCAUCAUAGCCGGAGUAGAUCCAGUUCUGGGCCUGUACAGUUCACUUUACCCUGGCUUGAUCUACGCUAUUAUGGGCACUUCACCUUAUGUAUCUAUAGGCGUGUUUCCUGUAACAGCACUCAUGACUGGAGUGGCGGUCCAAAAAUGCGGCUUCAUCUCUGAAAACGCGACGGCCCUUGCUGACGAUGGAGCCCAGCUAUCCAUUGAACAGUCGAGAAACGGUGUAGCCACCACGAUUGCAUUCAUGAGCGGGCUUAUUCAGGUAGCCUUGUGGCUAUUGCCAUUAGACCGGUUGGCGGCCAUCAUAUCACCUGUAAUGGCCGAAGGCUUUCUCACAGCAACUGCAGUCAUGGUCAUCGUCAGCCAGCUGCCGGCGGUCUUCGGAAGCGGUGCUCAGACUAGCAAAGGGCUUUUCGGUACUCCACUGACCAUCUACUACGUGGCGAAGAGUAUACAACACAGUACCCUGGCCACCUUACUGCUCUCACUGGCCGCAUUUGGGCUACUCAUCGUCUUGAAGGGAGUCAUUGCUCGCCAAAUGAGGCGUUUCACAGUGGUCCCUCUCCCAUCAGACCUCGUUUUGGUCACUGUGGCCACGGCAGCUUCUCAUUUCCUAGAGCUUGACGUCAAGCACAGCGUGAAAGUUGUUGGGCAUAUAACAUCAGGGUUUCCGAAACCAACGCUGCCACCUUUCGAGAACUGGCCAUCGCUUCUACCCGACGCUGCGGCAAUCGCCAUCGUGCAGUUUGUAUCUACUUUUUCCAUAGCGAAACUGUUCGGCCAAAAGCAGCGCCUGAAGGCGAACGCAAGUCAGGAGAUGCUGGCAUACGGUAUGAGCAACGUAGUCGGUUCAUUCUUCUCGUGCAUACCCGCAGGCUCGGCAUUGGCGAGAUCUGUUGUUCUGAGAGAAGUCGGUGUGAAUACUCAGGUGUGUGGUCUGGUCUCAUGCGCAUUCGUGGCUGUCACGCUCUAUUCCAUUGCACCAAUAUUUCGGCCCCUCCCAGAGUGUGUCCUUGGUGUGGUAAUUAUUGUAGUCCUUCUUCCAAUGCUGAGCACGCUGAGAAAUUUGGCAAAGCUCUGGGUCAUCAGCCGACUUGAUUUUGCCCUCUGGUCGCUGAGCUUCCUGAGUGUGGUUCUCUUGAACGCCACGUAUGGACUACUGGUCGGUGUUCUCCUGGGUCUCUUGGUAAUCUUCCUUGAGUUAAACGGGCACAAGGGGUCUCACCUUAAACCUUGCAAGCCCGACGUCUUCCUACCUCGAGCGCAUCACCUGUCUUUUAGAGACACUGUGACACUAUACCGCUUUGGCAGUCCGCUGUGCUUCGCAACGCAACAUAACAUCGUGGCUGACUUCGAGGAACUCUUCAAGGAUGAAAAGCGUCCAAGCGUCAAGCUUACAAGCAAGCUGGACAACAUGUAA